AGAACCCUCUAGACACACCACAACAAAAUUCAAAUUUUCUUUCUUACUUACUAUUAAAAAAAUUAUUUAAUUAGUCUCUAACACACUCCCCACAUAUAUAAACAACCACACCCCUUUAUUUUGAUCCCCCGAGUCCUCUCCCAACUUAUAAUUGGCUUUGUGGCCCUCUCUUACAACCUCCAUUUUUAUUACACAAAAUUAAAUUAAACCCCAUCAAGAAUUGUUCGAAUAUGGGCACUCUUGUAGGGCAUGUGGCACCUGGAUUUGGCUUCUUCAUAAUUGGCUUGUGGCAUUUAAUCAACCACAUAAAGCUCCAUGCAACCCAUCCAAAGCUCUACACUUGUUCCCCAUGGUUCCCCACUUCAAGAAUCAAGUAUCUCGAGCUCUACUUGAUCAUGGCUGCCUCUGCCAUGUCCAUAUCCAUGGAGCUCUUCAUCGGCCCCGAUCGCCACCAACCGUUGGACCCCGACGGCACCAUCCCCUCGAACCACCUUCACAAUUUCGAGCACUCCAACAUUUCCCUCACUUUCUUCGUCUACGCUUUCUUCUCAAUCGUUCUAGAUAAGCUUGAUUCGCCCGCGCGCUACGGCUUGACUAACUUGCUAGGGGCCGUGGCGUUCGGCCAACAACUCCUCCUCUUCCACCUCCACUCUGCGGACCACAUGGGAGUCGAGGGCCAAUACCAUUGGUUGCUACAAAUUGCGAUUUUUAUCUCGCUUUUGACGACCCUUAUGGCCAUUAGUCACCCCAAGAGCUUCUUGAAUGGGUUUGUGAGAUCGGUGAGUAUAUUGUUCCAAGGGGUGUGGUUCAUGCUCAUGGGGUUCAUGUUAUGGACGCCGAGCCUAAUUCCCAAAGGGUGUUUCAUGAACCUCGAGGAAGGUCAUAAAGUGGUGCGAUGUCACGGGGAAGAGGCCUUGGAUCGCGCUAAAUCGCUCGUCAACAUUGAGUUUAGUUGGUAUGUCGUUGGGGUGGUGAUUUUCUCCAUGACCCUUUAUUUGAUUGUCGUAAAAUUUUAUGGUGAUGGGGUGGAAUACCAAUCCAUAUCAAGAUUUGUGCUACGAGACGAUGAUUACAGCAACGACGAAAACGAUGAUGAUAUGGAGGCACAAAAGAAGGGCAAUGUUGGAAAUAACAUCAAGGGGGGAAGUGCUAAGAGUUUUCUGCAAAUUGGAAAGCCAAUGAAUAGUAUGGAUGUUGAAAGGUAGCUAAGAUAUGAGUGUUGAAAUUAAUUAAUUAAUUAAAAGGGUGGGUACAUACAUAAUUUUUAAGGUGGUUUAGUGUAAGAAUUAGGGAAAAGGUGUCACUUGUGUACUGUAUGUAUGAUGAUGCUAUGCUAGUAUUACAUGUGUCCUUUCUUAGCCACAAGAAUGUUGGCUUCAUACGUUUGUUUAUUAAUUUGUGUCUCGUGUCAUCUCACCUUGGAAAAGAUUUCAAGGGGGAAGGAACCAUGAAAGUGCUGUGAUGUUACUUGGUUUGAAUUCCUGGUGAGAUUUGUACGUUGUGCUU